AUGGAUAGCAUCCUUACAGUUAUAGCGGGUCUUGCGAUCCGUUUCGCCCUCCAGUUCACUAGCGGCUCACAGAAAAGCAGGAUCGGUCCCAUGCUUCUUGGGUUCUGGGAAGGCGUUUGCGUUCAUUACUCCGCCAAUGCCUCUCCUAAUCCAGGAGUUCCAUACCUAGGAUAUCUGCUGCGAAUAUCCCUGGACCUCUUAUUAUCUGACAGUAUUCUCUCAGUCUUUCUAACAAUUCUCUGGACUCUCUUGGGGGUGUUGUUCUCGGAAGCUCUAGGCACGCACCACGGGCACGACACUACUCCAGCCCCGUUCAUCGCCUUCCUCGAGCAGAAUGAGGCUAGGACCUCUGUUUCAAUACCAGUCGUCGCCGCUGGCUCUAUCGGGCCAGGUCAUCCCCCCGUUCCCUCCCCCCAGCUUCCUACCCCUCCGGCAACUCUGCUAAACGAAGUUAGCGAUGGUCAAUUACCACCCCCGCAGCAAUCUUCAUUAAACGCGGCAUCUUCCGCAGCGCCACAUGAUUGCGGCGCAGUAAAUCAUCCCGCGCAGGUUGCAGAUGAAAACGCCUCUGAUCAUCCGGGAUCACCGAUCAAAGAUUCGUCUCCUCGUAUUGUAAUUCCCCUGGCCCCACAACCGCUAUCCAGUCCCAAUAUCCUGAGUGCCAUGCCCGUUGAGGUGCCCUUCUCUUCCAGGCUUGACAACCUCAUUAUACCACCACCCAUGCUCCUACAAUGUGAGUCAUCGGAUGAUAGAAGUCUCCCUAUAGGACUGGACGGAAAUGUUAUCCCAGAAUUGCAUCGUACUGAAGGAAAGAUUGGUGUUGGCAAUGAAGAUGAUGCAUUGCAAACACCACUAGGAUUUGACAUUAAUAAAGAUGUUGCCGGGUCUGUCGACGAUGACCUAUUGAUGACGCCUGUACAUCUGCGCCAUCCGCUGGCUCUUCAAGUCCUGUUAUUGGAUCGAGGGGCGGAAGAGUCUUUGCUGCAGGAUCCACUGCACAUUCAAGGUUCUAGCGCCUCGGUUAGUGUGUCUGCAGCUCGUACUCCGCCAGAUCCAGAUAACUUAGCGGUCGUUGAUGAGCCUGUCACAGCGGAGAACCUGGAUGCUAUCCCUGUUCCGGCACCGGCCACUGUGCUACAUCGAGGCAUAAUUCUGCCCGAAGACUGUAACUCUGCGUCGUCUUCCUCGCCAUCGUUAACUAGCGCAAUAACUUCUCCCGACUCGCCGAUGCUUAGCAGUCGGGCCGAGGCGCUACGCAAACAAGCAUGGUCAUAUGAGGCGACAAAGAAAAACUUGAAGAUGCGUCUCAACAAAGCCAUCCAGCAACAGAACCGAGCCCAAGAGUUCUUACUGAAACAGGAAAUCGACGACUGUACACGAGAAAUAGACAAGUUGCACGAGCGGGCAGCGCGAAGACAUUAUCAUUCACGCAAUCGUUCAUUGCAGUCUAACACUAUACCUACCAUCGACUUACAUGGACUGCUGACUACAGAGGCUGUAAUCAAGACGGAGAAAGCUUUCAAAACAGUCCUUGAAGAAGGAGGAAAUUCUCUGCGUGUGAUAGUUGGCAAAGGACUACAUUCCAAACAAAGGAAAGUGAAGUUGAAACCUGCGGUUGAGAAGGCGAUGAUGGGCCACGGAAUCACUUGUGCAGAGGACAAGAAAAACACCGGCGUUCUGAUUAUUUCAACGCCAGCAACUUGGAAGAUUUAGGUAUAAGAUAUAUUCUUUGUUCCCGCCUGCGAUUGUUUGAGAUGGUCUUGGCGAGAUGGGUAGUCCUAAAGCAUACCUCAGGUCAUCAGUCAAGUGUAUUCAAAAUCUUCGUCUGACACGAUCAUCACGAGCCGUCUUGUUACGAGUCUGCAGGUUAUAUUCGCAACUCGGUCCCUGAUAUCUAUGGUAGCAAGUAUCAA